ACUCUUUUGUUGUGUCGUCUCUCAUCAAAUCCCUAAAUCUCGAGUUCGAAGAAGAAGACGAAAAUGGCGCUGAGAAAUGCAAUUCUUCGUCACCUGAGGGUUCCGGUGCAAAGCCUAGGACUGAAUCAGUCUCAAAUUGGGUUCCUUGGUUCGAUCCGGUCUUUUUCUUCGCACGAUGAUCAUCUCAGCAGAGAAGCUGUCGUCGAUAGAGUUCUCGAUGUUGUCAAGAGCUUCCCCAAAGUCGAUCCCUCUAAGGUGACUCCUGAGGUUCAUUUCCAAAACGAUCUGGGAUUAGAUAGUUUGGACACAGUGGAGAUAGUGAUGGCUAUUGAAGAGGAAUUCAAGCUGGAAAUUCCAGACAAAGAAGCUGACAAGAUCGAUUCUUGCUCUCUCGCCAUUGAAUACAACGUUUCUUCACCCCAAACCCUUGAAGGAACGGCUCGCUCUGUUCCCGGUGAGCCAUUUCCCUUAGACGGAGCACGAGCAAGCCGCUCUCACCGGAUUCAACAGCUCUCUCUGCUUCGCGAAGGCUUUCCUCUUGGAAUCAUUCCUUCUUUUGCUCCUGCUUCUGACAAGAGACUUGGCUCUUUCUCUCUCAAUUCUCUCUUGCUCAGUCCUUCCUCUAACAACUGGUGGCUAGGAUUAGUUGGGCAAUUCAAACCAAAGAAGCUCUUUGCUGAUAUCAAAGCAGAUAUUAGCAAUGCAGAAGAGUGGGAUCUUCAAGUUGUUAAGGAUACAGCAAAACACAUUGUUGACAAAUCCCUUUACUCUAUUGGUUUAUGGACUCAGAUUGCGUUGGGUACUUCUUCUUCUCUCUUGUUUAGCACUGAACGCCUUGGCGAUAAAAACGGACUCCGAAACAAGUUGAUGCUUGUUCAUCCGCUUGAGAAACAUGAUCUCACUGUGGAAGCAGCUUGGCCAGAUCUGUUUUUGGAUAAUAAAGGACGUUUCUGGGAUGUUCCUGAAUCAUUGAAUGUUGACGUCUCAUCCCUUGUUCCAGAAUCAGGGCUUCGAUACCGGUUUGGCCUACACAAAAGCAGGGGUAAUCCUCAGCCUGUGAAUGCUGGUGCUGAGAGUGGUAGUGAUGCUCCUACUUCUUUGAUGCCUGGUUUAUGCGCCAAGGCUGCAGUUUCUUACAAGGCUAACAGAGACUUGUGGAGGCCACAAGAGAAAGAAGACAACACAGGAGAGGAUACACCUGAGUUUCUGCCUUAUGAUAUACGUCUAAAGGAGCCUCAUGCAGCAAUUUCAGGAAUAGUAGGUAGCAGCUUGGCAGCUUGGAUCACAGGCCGAGGCAUGUUGGUUAAUGGCAAGAAGCGGAGUCCAAUAAGUGCAGACGUAUUUGGUUCUGCUUGUUAUACGUUCCAAAAAGGGAGGUUUAGUAAGUUGUAUGGCGAUCUAACCCGAGUAGAUGCUCGUGUGGACCUACCCUCAGCUUCUGGUCUUGCUAAAAGAAUCUUCCAUGCAUUCAGAAGAUCGUCAGGUAGUAAUAACUCAGACGACACAUUGUGGUCUCCUAGACUCAACCUGAUAUUCCAGCAACAGGUUGCAGGUCCGAUUGUUUUCAAAGUAGACUCGCAGUUUCAGGUAGUUGAGGCACGCAUGGAAGAUCUGAUAUACAGUCUGAAUUACUCUUUGAGGCUUCUUGAGUCUGGCAAAGUCGUGGCUUGGUAUUCUCCAAAGAGAAAAGAAGGCAUGAUCGAGCUGCGAGUUUUUGAGUUUUGAUUUGGUCUCCUUUUAUGUGUACCAACCAGUUAACAUUUGUAUCAGAAGAUGCUUAAAAAUCGCAACAAGUCCUGUUUUGGUCAACUCUUUGAAGAUCUUUUUUUGUGAUUUAGUCUCCUUUUUUUUUGUGUAUCAACAAGUUAACAUUUGUAUCCUAGUGAUCAAUGUAGUCUUUCAAAUUCUCUUAUCUAUCUUUAGUUUCCAAACGUUUACUGCUUUGCAAAUAGAACAAAGAAACCAAA